AAGCGGCGCGCGGUGCUCCUGAACCUCCCGCUGCGUCCGCGUCAGGUGGAUAUUUGUUCAUCAGCCCAGCAGCAGAGUGCACGUCGGGACUCCUCCUGCUCAUUUCAGUAAAGAUCUGCGGUUCUUAUUGUCAACUUCACGUUUCUAUUUUCUUGUCUCUCAAACUGGUCAAGUGUGACGUAACACUUACUAAACAAAUCAAGUAGGAACAUAAAGAGAGGACAUCGACAAAAAAAAAGGAAAGAGUCGUGGGAGAAGACAUGGGGAGAAAGAAAAUCCAAAUUUCUCGUAUUCUUGACCAGAGAAACAGACAGGUGACCUUCACUAAGCGUAAGUUUGGCCUGAUGAAGAAGGCGUACGAGCUGAGCGUGCUCUGUGACUGCGAAAUCGCCCUCAUCAUCUUCAACAGCACCAACCGUCUGUUCCAGUACGCCAGCACUGACAUGGACAAAGUUCUGCUGAAAUACACAGAGUACAGCGAGCCGCACGAGAGUCGCACCAACACCGACAUAUUGGAGACGCUGCGCAGGAAAGGCCACGGCCUGGACUGCUCCGAGCUCGACAGCGAGGAGAGCGCGCAGGCGGCGGCCGACAAGUAUCCCGGCAGCGACAGCAUGGAUCUGUCUGUGGCUCGCCAGCGCUUCUGCCCUCCCUCUCUGCUGUCACCGGAGACUCAGUUCCUCGUGUCCGCCGGGUGUGAGAACGGCUUCCCCAACUGUUCGGCGUCCGGCGCAGCGUCCCACCGGCCCCCUGGGUUUAAAGCUCUGAGCUCUCGACCGGGUUCUGCGAGUCCAGCAGGACCGCACGCGGCGUUCAUGUCCCCGCAUCCAGGCAUCGGCUACUCCGUGUUCUCCCACGGCAACCUGAACCGAGCUCUGGACAUGAAAAGCCCUCCUCCUCUGAGUCUGGGCAGCGAAAACCUGCGGGCAGACGCUGCUAAUCAGGCCAUGGGGGCCACAAGAGUAAACCACAACUCUGCUAGGAGUCUGCUGUACCAGGGCCUGCACAGCAGCAGUUCGAUGGUGGCGAUGGGGAAAGCGGGUCUCCUGAGUCACAGUUUGGGGGGCUACGGGCUCCCCCAUGCUGGAGCCUCUGAGUACAGCCAGCCUGGUUUCUUUCACUCCGUCAGUUUACAGCGAGGACCGGUGAAUCCCUGGCAGCAUGAGUCUCAGACUUCUCAUAUCAGCUCAGGGAUGUCCAGCGGGGGGUGCUCCUUCCCAUCUCAGUCUUGCUCCUCCAACUCCUCUCAUCUUGCCUCCUUGAACCUCAGCAUCAAAUCGGAGCGAAGCUCGCCUGACCACAUGUGCUCUCCGUCCUCCCCUCGUCUGCACCACCUCAGGCAGCAUUCGCCCACGGGCAACGGCGACGUGGCGCGCCACAGCCCUCCAGAAGCCCACCCGGCCAACAGGACGAAGGAGUUUCCCAAAGCCGGCUACCCGCAGGACGGAGAGGAGCGAGGGCAGCCUGUCAGGCAGCUGGAGAUGAGCGACGGCUGGCAGAGAUAGCCAGCUGCCACCGCCUCCCGCGGGGUCGAGGUGUUUUCUAGAGCGUCCCCCUCCAGCCCCGUUGGGGACGUCUUGUCUCGCAGAGCUGGGCUCUCCAGGGUGGGAAAGAAAUCCUCCCUUCAAGUCACUCGCUUGAUCCCACGAGGCGAUAGACGCAUAUAGACUUUCUCCUUUUUUUUCUUUCUUUUCUUUGGGAUUUUUCUGUAUUUUGACAUAAUCAAAAUACAGUUUGAUUAUGUGUUUUUGUUUGUUUGUUUUGCAGCUUUUGGAAAAUAGUUAAAGACUAGCUGAGACCAGGUUUUUAAACUGGGGAAGAAUUUUCCCCAGUUUAAAAACCUGGGACAAAAACUUCCCCAGGUUUUAGGUUAAAGGUUUCUGAAAGUACAUUUGGCCUUUAAAGCAGCAUCUCUUCCAAGUCAGGACUGAACCAAGACAUGAAACACCCUUUUUAAAGGCUAUGAAUAAACGUUGAAAUUUAUUUUAUUUUAGAAAGUGUAGAUUUAAAAAAAAAAAUGCUUCCUACACUAUGAGGAUUAGUAUGUCAAAAUUGGUUUUGACUGAUCAAUUUUGACUAAUUGAUCAGUCAAAAUCAGACUUCUAAAUUGUAAUAAAAAUGGCUUUUGAAACUAACAAACAAGAGGCUUAAUUCAAAACUUAAGGAUUCAGUCUGACACAUAAAUAAAUAUCUUGUUCAAGAAACAGUCUAAAAAUAUGCGGUGAAGUAAAUUUUUAUGCAAAAGCAAUGAUUUUUAUUUUUCAUUCUGUUCUUCAAUCAUAAAUGUAAACUUGAAAAGACUAAUUUUCCCCGUGUGAGAGCGGCUCUUGUUCGCAGAUUACCUCCGCGAUGCCGGCCUACUCUGUUAACGUCUAAACCAUUUUCAGACUCCAUGUGAACGCGCCUGUCUUGUUUAAAGCAGAGUUCUCAGAAUUGGAACCUGAUGCUUUUUCUUCUUGCUCUCAGGUUUGACAAAUUUAAGCUUUAACUCUCUUUUUUUUUUUUAUAACUUCAAAUGAGGGACUUUUUUUUUUAAUGAUGCACAAAUAUGAUCCCCAAGCUUUAUGUUGAAUCCUGCGAAACCAAAAGAAAUAUCCACAUAGUCCUGUGCACACAUGUGCAGCCCGGGUAAGGAUAUGAAAAAAGAAUUAGACAUUGAUGGUGGCAGCAGCAUGUCACACUGAAAGUCCCGGAUCCUCUCUUAUCAUCUUUGAUGAGCUCCUGAAAUGACCAGGGUUAUUUGCCUGAUCGGCUAUUUGGCUUAAUUUGCUCACAUGUCUUGUUAAAACAUCUGGAGGCGACACAUUUUCAGUUUUCUGGUAGGAGUCCAGUAAAUGUCCUUAAGUCUUCUGGUGUUUACAAAAACAAUAAACACGUGACGAACUGUAGCAGGUUUUCUGGAAGAUUCUGCAGAAGAUAAUUAGCAUCAUAGAUACUCCACCAUACUUAAUUAGAUAGUUUCCCCGACUUGGCUCCCCAAAAAUAAGUCGAUGUGUAGAUACGAUUUUAAUAUUUGAUAGUUAUGAUAACUCCCCCUGAAAAAAAAAAAUUCCCCAUUUGCUUAGAUUUUCCUUCUUCCCUCAUUCUGUUCACUGUCUGUUGGCACAAAAUACAUGCCUUACUUCUAACAAGUUGCCAAAAGAAAUGGGACUCAUUAUUAAAUUAAAGUUUGCAUUUUUCAAUGUAAUACUACGCUACAUUUAAAAAACAAAACAAAACAAACAAACACACAGUGGACUUAUUGUAUUCAUCUUUAAUACCAAUAAUAAAUGUGGACGGGUGCUGAAUUGAACAUGGUCAAAUAAGACUUUGUUACCAUGGCUGCCGUCUCUCGCCUCUUCAUGUUGUAGAUAUUACUGCUUAUGCUGCUCACAGAUAUGGGACAAUCUUUGCUUUUCUAUUGUUCUGCUCUUUUUAGCUCCAUCUGGUUCAUUGAUGUGUAGUAAAAACUGCCGGUGGGCGUUCAAAAGACCUUCAGAUCAUUUCCUCUUCUUGUCCUCUAGGGGGUGGUAUUAUGUCACACUAUCGCACCUAAUAAGGCUCAGAGUGUAUGCGGUAAGCUUUCUGUUGCUGAUUGGUUAACUUAAAAAAGGACGUCCAUGACCUGAUGGAGGCUCAAGUUCAUGUUUUACCUCAGCGAAAAGAGGUCGCCACAUCGAACCUCUGCGGCGAAGUUCGCUUUGUUUUUAUGUCAUAUAUCUAAAAAAAAAUAUGUUUUUAUUAGUAUUCUUAUUUUACUCCAGAUUAUUUUUUUUCCAAAUGUUUGUUGAGUUCCUCUCCAGCAGAACAGAGACAGAUUUUUAU